CAAAAACAGGGAGGAUGCUGAAUCAGUGAUUUGGAGUCUUAAUUUUUUUUCCCCCCUUUUUGCAUUUCAGUUCCUUUCCUCGGCGGCCACCUGAGAGCACGCACAAAUCUCGCUGGUUGUCGAGCACGGUUUCCGUAGCCACCAGUGUUUUCCCGAGUUGUCAAGUUGGGGCGACGUGUGUGUACAUGUGCCAUUUUGCAGUGAAACUACUUUUUCAAACUCCGCCGGCAUGGUAAAAGGUAGCAAGCGGUAUUCGGCAAUGUGCAAUGAUGGGAAAUGGUUUCCGCAUCCAGACGCCCCGCCCUGCGAGGGGAGGGACCGGGAGUUGUCCACGAGCACCGGGAGGAUGCUGAUUCAGGUUCCCGCGCAGUUGCCGCAAGCUUUUGAUUUUGAACGCUUUACCAAGACGAGACCGGACCAGAAAACCAGGACCUAUCCAGUCUCGCACCAUAACAACAAACUAUCCUUCCAGGACAAUAUCAUUGUCUUUGAUGACGGCGCAGGCCGCAAAAAAUGUCCCUCGGAGAUCAAUCAGCACAAGUCUCAUUUCUGCCUGUGCCACCACGGGAUUAAACCCACCACUGAGAGAAGCUCGGUCUACGGAGCUGACUUUGUGACGCAGCCCACUGUGGAACCCCAAAGGUUCCGGCGCUUCGCGCGCGAUCACCGUAAAAAGUGCGCGGGGGCGACCCUGGACGGAGGCGACUUCAUGUGGUUCGGACAAGACAGCUACGAUGACGUCGACAGCAUGGAAGUGCUGGGCUUCGCCAAUCUCAAUGCGGCUUCCAGACCUCUUUAAUUUGGUAACCUGGACCUUUAUCCACCUCUUUAUACCACCACUAUCAAUACUGUAAUAUAAUAUACUCAACUGUGACAUGUACUGUACAUCAUCUGA